AUGUAUCACUUUGUGAGCAUUGAAACCGAUUCUGCCGAGCGACAGGGAGGACAACCAAUUAUCAUCGAUACGGAUCUAUUUAGUGAUGUGGAUGACGUGGGUGCGUUGACAAUUGCGAAUGUUUUCCACAAUUGUGGCUUGGCAGAUCUGAGAGGGAUCGUGAUCAAUUCACCGUCUCAAUACGGAGCAUUGGCGGCAAGUGCCCUUUGUACAUACUUUGGAAAUGAUGUCCCUAUUUCUGCCUUUCGACCAAUUACGAACGAUACAUUCUUCGACAGCUACUUCUAUUUAUAUGGUGAAUAUGCUAGCAAAUUAGCACAUAAUUGGCCUCGCAAGAUUGAAACGGCAGCUUCAACCCCAACACCAGUAGAGCUAUAUCGUACUAUUUUGAGUUCUGCUGAUGACAAAAGCAUCCACAUCAUCUCCCUUGGCUUUCUCACUAACCUCGCCGAUCUUCUCCGAUCCAAAUCAGAUCAUAUAAGCCACCUAUCUGGCUCGCAGCUCAUCUCGGCUAAGGUGAGCGAGUUGAUUGUGAUGGGUGGGCAAUACCCUUCGGGCUGGGAGUAUAAUUUUGGUGGAGGAGACCCAGAGAGUACCGCUUAUGUUAUUCACCACUGGCCAAAAAGCGUCAACAUUACCUAUUCAGGCUAUGAACUCGGCGUUGAUAUCCUCUCCGGGCAAACCCUUGUGCAGCGCUGUCCUCCCGAUUCUCCAGUCCUGAGCGCUUACCAAUGGUAUGUAGGCCGCGGCUCUACCAUUCGUUCAUCCUGGGAUCCAAUCACAACACUAUAUGGGAUUCUGGGCCUUGAAUGGUUUUCGAAAAUAGGCAUUCGCCCCAUGCUUGCGUACUCAAAUGAGUUUGGGUAUAACAACAUUACUGCAACGAACGGAUCUAAUGCAUGGGUGAAUGAUACUGGGGUGAGCAACCAGCAUUGGCUACGACUCGCUGAAGGCUUCACAAAUUACAGCAUGGCAGGGAUGCUUGAUGAAUAUUUUACGCAUGAUCCAUCUCUGCAGAGUUGCUUUCGCUAUGAAGUACUCUCAGCUAACCAUAACGGAGCAUUUUAG